AGUGUAAGUGGUAGAAUCUGCUAUGGGGACUCUUAUCCAGCAUAGAAUAUUUAUUUGUUUGUGUUUUACUUUUCCCGUUAAAUUAAAUUUUUGAGUUAUGAGCAAUAAUGAGGAAGGAUAAUUUUGUUCCAAUUUUCUUUUUAUGUGUAAAUUAUGAAAUUUGCUAUUAGUUGAAGCUUGUAGUGAUACAGUAGAUAUUAAUUACGACUAUUUCCGAAAACGAAUACGUUCAAAUAGAAAAAAAAGUAUAAUUGUCGUAUCUGAUGGGAUUUCCUCAUUCCUUUUUUCAUUUUAAUAGGAAUAAUGUAUAAAGAUGGCUGUGAUACUCCAUUCUCUAACAGGGGAUUCAUUUCUGAGACCAUUUGAUGUUUAAAAAUAAUCACUUUUAAUUUUUUUUUAUGGCAGGCAGAUUAUAAUUCACAGCUGAUCAAAUUUGGACCUCACAGGCAUCCUGAAGACUGGCGCAUUGCCGCGUGUGUUUUUAAUCAAAUGAUUAAAAACAAAAUUAAGGUUACCUUCACAGCAACAUGAUCUGUGCCUGCUUGUAAUCUCCCAGCCUUGGCAGUCUCACAAUCGUAAAUCUGCAGAUGUAGCAGAGCCAUGUGCAUCCAACCCUUCUGAUACCACCUUCUGCUAUGUUCAGCUGAAUUAAUAAUGACAGUCAUUUUCUCUGGGUUCCUCCGUGGUGGUCUUAAUACAGUGCAGCUACAAAAUGAACAUAUCUGCAGUCUUCAAUGCCCUGCUUGUAUCAAUCUUGGCAGCAGUGUUAUGGAAGUACGUUAAGCUAUGGGAGCAAUACUCUAUCAUUGAGGAAGAACUGGACCUCACUCGUCAAUCUCAAGAGCUGUCUCAGGUUCAUAUUGACUAUCAAGCGGCGCUGUAUGCUUUAGUGGAGGAUGGCACUAGAAUGGUGUGUACAGGCCGGAUGCAUACAGACCGCGUGUGUCGCUUUGAGUCACUCUGUUAUUCCACGGAAGCGGAAGAGUUUGUCUUCUUUCAUAGCAACUCUUCGAUCAUGUUACCUAAUUUAGGUUCUAGGCGCUUCCAGCCUGCUUUGCUAGACCUGUCUUCAGUAGAUGACCACAAUACUCAAUAUUUCAAUUUUGUAGAGCUUCCAGCUGCCGCAUUAAAAUUUAUGCCUAAACCUGUUUUUGUGCCAGAUGUUGCACUCAUUAUGAACAGGUUUAAUCCCGACAACGUGAUGCAUGUUUUCCACGACGACCUUCUUCCCAUUUUCUACACAAUGCAACAGUUUCCAGACUUAUACCUGGAAUCCCGACUUUUCUUCAUGGAAGGCUGGAGUGAAGGACAGUAUUUUGACCUGUACAAGCUCUUGAGCAAUAAACAGCCCCUCCUAAAGGAGCAGCUAAAGAAUCUUGGUAGGCUUCUCUGCUUUACCAAAUCUUAUGUGGGCUUAACAAAGCUCACCACAUGGUAUCAAUAUGGAUUUGUCCAACCACAAGGGCCAAAAGCAAACAUUUUGGUAUCGGGGAAUGAAAUUAGACACUUUGCCAAAUUCAUGAUGGAAAAGUUUAACAUCAGUUCAGAGCAAAGCUCUGCUGAGGAUUACAUAGUCUUAUUUAGUCGAACGCUUAACCGACUUAUUGUAAACGAGGCCGAGCUUCUUGUCGCUCUCGCACAGGAGUUCCAGAUGAAAACAAUAACUGUUUCUCUUGAAGAGCAUUCAUUUACAGAUAUUGUGCGCUUAGUUAGCAACGCAUCAAUGCUUGUCAGUAUGCAUGGAGCACAAUUGGUCACAUCCCUUUUUCUGCCAAAAGGGGCUGUUGUUGUAGAGCUCUUUCCUUAUGCAGUAAAUCCUGAACAUUAUACACCAUACAAAACACUAGCAAUGCUUCCAGGUAUGGAACUCCAGUAUGUUGCCUGGCAAAACACUAAAGAGGAGAAUACUAUUACAUAUCCUAAUAGACCAUGGGAACAAGGUGGCAUCGCCCAUCUGAAUGCAGCGGACCAGGAACGCAUCAUGAAAAAUAAAGAAGUGCCCCGUCAUCUGUGCUGUCGCAAUGCAGAGUGGCUCUUCCGUAUAUAUCAGGACACAACGGUGGACAUUCCUUCACUCAUCGAAGCCAUACGAAAUGUCGUGAAAACAAAACUUGCUUUUAGAAAGCAAAGGUGGGUUAAUGGCCUGUAUCCGGGGAAAGUUAGAGAAGCAAGAUGCCAGGCAUCCGUCCAAGGUGCCACUGCAGCCAAGCUGUCUGUGUCCUGGCAGAUUCCCUGGAAUCUUAAAUACUUGAAAGUCAGAGAUGUUAAAUAUGAAGUAUGGAUACAGGAACAAGGCGAAAACUCGUAUAUGCCUUAUAUCCUUUCUCACCAGAACCACACGUUUUCUGAAAAUAUUAAACCAUCCACUACUUACCUUGUUUGGAUCCGAUGCAUUUUCAAUAAAACCCUCCUUGGACCUUUUGCAGAAGUUCUGAUGUGCAGCACGUAACGGCAAAAGACAAGCUUGGUUUGAAGUGUGAACUGGUUUCAUCUUAGAGUGCAAAAGCUGCACAUGCAGA